AUGGAUACAGCUCGGCGCUCAUCGAGGGCUUCUCGGCCGAGCCAGCCUCUACAAUCGACUUCACACCACUCCUCUGCCUCCUCGAAUUCCUCCAGUCGCGCCGAUCGGGCUACCCGAUCAAACCAUAAGACAGAGUCACCGCGAAAACUGACGCCCUCGGGCUCGCCCUCCUCGGAACCGCCAGAUGAUGCCAUCGCGAACCCCGCGGAGGACGCCAUCCAAACACGCCGAAAACGCAGUCGCGGCGAGGAGAGAGAAAAGCCUUCCAAGCCGCAGACAGCUCAAACCGAAAUUACAAAUGGCAUCGACGAGAACGCCGACGAUGAUGAGGCCGUCCGCUGCAUUUGCGGAUUCGACGAGUACCCAGGACCGCCACAGCUUGGCGAGGAAGACAGCAAGCAUGGCAUAAAGGAUGGAAUUGAAGAGCCUAUAAUUACAGUCGCAGAUGUGACUGAGGAUGGGGCUGGCUUCUUCUUACAAUGCGACGUCUGCAAAGUCUGGCAGCAUGGAUACUGUGUUGGGAUCAUGAACGAAGACAUGAGCCCGGACGAGUACUUCUGCGAAUUAUGUCGCCCAGACUUACACAAGAUCUUCGCCGCUCCAAAUGGGCAACGGUAUUCCCACUAUCUCCCACUAUACCAGAGUCUGUCACAAACUACCUCCCGCGCCGCCUCCUUUUCGAAAGAUGGCACUCGGUCCCCACGAGGCAGCAAAAGCGGUCGGCCCUCUUCGAGCCUUCAAAGCGCCGCAAAGCGAAGAUCUACAAUGAAUAGUAGGGAUGCUGCGUAUGACGAAGAAGAACAAUUGCGACGCGCAAUAGAGGCAAGCAAAGGGGGAAAGAGUGGUGAAAGUACAGAUGGCGGAACCGAAAUACGACGUAGUAAACGAGAACGUAGCGAUAGCGAAGAAAAGCACGAAGGCAUCAAGAGGCAGAGAACCUUAUCCGCGUCACCCUCGCCUUCUCGCGAACUACAACAAACCCCACUAGCUGACUCUGACGAUGGUACAAAUGGACGGCAGACAGGCGCAAGGAAGAUAAGAGGAGCGGCCGCCCGAAAUCACCGGGAAAAGGAAAUGAGGGAAGAACGAGAGAGAACACGGCAAGAGGCCGCAAAUAAGAGGAAAGGUCGUGCUGAGCGUCGGCGGGUUGACGAUUCAGAUCCUUCAGAAGAAUUACCACUUGCCGCAAGAUCGGUCUCAAAUAGAGUCACAGAGGCCGCUGCCCAACCUCUAGAUCCACCAACGUCACCUCAAGUUGCAACACCCGACACACCACCUCCGAAUCUACCCCAGGUCAGGAAAGGCGGUAGACCACCAAAUUCUCGAAAAGGGAAGUUGGGGAAGAACCAAUACACAAAAGACCGAGACCUACAAGACGGGGAUGACCAGUCUCCACACCGGUCACAAUCCAGAGAUAUAGGCAGAGGAGACGAUAGCGGACACGGCCCGGGUAACAAGGGCCCAAAUGAGGGCAAAUCCGGCAAGUCUAGGAACAGCGGCAGCAAAAUCACGAUGGGAGAUAUGAGGAAACGCGUAGCGACCAUUCUCGAUUUUAUCUCCAGAACGCAGCUCGAAAUGGCCGGUGAAUCAAUGUCUCGAGACAGCGCUGAUGCGGCUGAGAGGACAAUCCGCGGCAUCGCAGACGGGCUACCUAUGAUAAAGGUCAAUGGCAAGAAGGGCCAGGAAUCUGAAGGCGGCCAAGCUGAAGAAGGCUCCAACAAGGAUUUCAAGGACCUUACGUGCUUGGAAAUGAUGGAUGUCCUCACGAGGCAGCUUGUCAAGUGGCAACACGAGUUUGUAUGA